CAGCCUAGGGGCCGGCACCAGGGGGUGAUGGAAGCAGCUAUCAGGAUGCUGGGGUCCCUGGUAUUGAGGAGAACAGCGCCGGCGCCGCGGCUCCUUCUCCAGCUGCUUAGGUCCCCAUCGCUCCGGAGUCAUGGAAGUGCCUCCGGCCAGAGUGUGAUCACCGCGGGCCGCGGGGAGCCGCAGUGGCUGAGGGCGGCCGUCUGGGGGCGCCCUGGAUCAUCGCCAGCCUUCCUCACCGGAGAAGGGGCAGCCACCUGGGGGCGCCAGGGAGGACGCCCCGAGACCCAGUGCCUCGUAGCCGCAACGUGGGGACGCCUUCCUAGCCCAGAAGAAGCACUCCCGGGACAGGACAGCUGGAACGGGGUCCCCAACGGGGCCGGACUGAGCAUGUGGGCCCUGGCCACGGCGCUAGUGGUUCACUGUUACAGCAAGAGCCCGUCCAACAAGGAUAUAGCCCUGAUGGAAGCUGCUCGUGCCAACAAUGUCCAAGAAGUCAGCAGGCUCUUGUCAGAAGGUGCAGAUGUUAAUGCAAGGCACAGACUUGGCUGGACAGCACUUAUGGUGGCAGCCAUCAGCCGAAACGACAGCGUAGUACGGAUCCUGCUUGCUGCUGGUGCUGACCCAAACCUUGGGGAUGAUUUCAGCAGUGUUUAUAAGACUGCGAAGGAGCAGGGAAUCCAUUCUUUGGAAGUCCUGGUCACCCGAGAGGAUGACUUCAACAACCGGCUGAACAAUCGUGCCAGCUUCAAGGGCUGCACAGCCCUGCACUAUGCUGUCCUCGCCGAUGACUAUCGCACUGUCAAGGAGCUGCUUGAUGGAGGAGCCAACCCCCUGCAGAGGAAUGAAAUGGGACACACACCCUUGGAUUAUGCCCGAGAAGGGGAGGUGAUGAAGCUUCUGAGGACUUCUGAGGCAAAGUAUCAAGAGAAGCAGCGGAAGCGUGAGGCUGAGGAGCGGCGCCGCUUUCCCCUGGAGCAGCGGCUGAAGGAGCACAUCAUUGGCCAGGAGAGUGCCAUCGCCACAGUGGGUGCUGCGAUCCGGAGGAAGGAGAAUGGCUGGUACGACGAAGAACACCCUCUGGUCUUCCUCUUUUUGGGAUCAUCUGGAAUAGGAAAGACAGAGCUGGCAAAGCAGACAGCCAAAUAUAUGCACAAAGAUGCCAAAAAGGGCUUCAUCAGGCUGGACAUGUCUGAGUUCCAGGAGCGGCAUGAGGUGGCCAAGUUUAUUGGGUCUCCACCAGGCUAUAUUGGCCAUGAAGAGGGUGGCCAGCUGACCAAGAAGCUGAAGCAGUGCCCCAACGCUGUGGUGCUCUUUGAUGAAGUGGACAAGGCCCAUCCAGAUGUGCUCACCAUCAUGCUGCAGCUGUUUGAUGAGGGCCGGCUGACAGAUGGAAAAGGGAAGACCAUUGACUGCAAGGACGCCAUCUUCAUCAUGACCUCCAAUGUGGCCAGCGACGAGAUUGCACAGCAUGCACUACAGCUGAGGCAGGAAGCUUUGGAGAUGAGCCAUAACCGUAUUGCCGAAAACCUUGGGGAUGUCCAGAUUAAUGACAAGAUUACCAUCUCAAAGAACUUCAAGGAGAAUGUGAUACGCCCCAUCCUGAAAGCUCACUUCCGGAGGGAUGAGUUUCUGGGAAGAAUCAACGAGAUUGUCUACUUCCUCCCCUUCUGCCACUCGGAGCUCAUCCAACUUGUUAACAAGGAGCUGAACUUCUGGGCCAAGAGAGCCAAGCAAAGACACAACAUCACGCUGCUCUGGGACCGUGAGGUGGCAGAUGUGUUGGUCGACGGCUACAAUGUGCACUAUGGCGCCCGCUCCAUCAAGCAUGAGGUAGAGCGCCGUGUGGUGAACCAGCUGGCAGCCGCCUAUGAACAAGAUCUGCUACCUGGGGGCUGUACCCUGCGCAUCACUGUGGAGGACUCAGACAAACAACUGCUCAAGAGCCCUGAACUGCCCUCACCCCAGGCUGAGAAGCGUCCCCCCAAGCUGCGGCUAGAAAUCAUCGACAAGGACAGCAAGACCCACAAACUGGACAUCCGGGCACCACUACACCCUGAGAAGGUGUGCCACAACCUCUAGCUUCUACCUACCUGCCUAUACGUGCCCUCAACAUCCAAUAAAGGCCCCUCGGCUGUGGCAUGGCAACUGACCUAUCUUCCCCUCAUGCCCUUUUCCUCCUCUCCACCCAGCCUGAGGCCUUUUCACCUCCUCAUAGCCCCUGGAUGACCUCAGCCUCAAAGUCAAAAAUAGGGAUGUGGCCCUCCCUAAACCCUUUGUUUUGGGUCCAGAACUUGCUAACAGGCCUCCAAGAGAGGAGCUGCCUCCUCACCCCCUUCAAGGCAGGGAGGAGAAGGAGGUCCCAUGUCCUAUCCUUCAGCAUGAUCCCUAUGGCCUUGUAGUCUCUGGGACUUUAUCAUGGUCCCAGGAAGCUCAGAAGUUUGACAGCUAAGAACAGAUCUGCCUGGGAGAAGACAGGAACCAGGCUAUGACCUGCCAUCCUUUGCUGGCCUUUAUGGAAUGGGUCCCCAGAAUGUCUGCAUAGUUUGUGGAGAAAGAGUACAGAGGCCCAGGCACAGAGGUUGUACAGUGUAGGCUGUAGCUUCCUCUUGCCCAUACCCAAAAAUUCCAAGAAGGGACCCAUUAAACCCUUCCCCUCUCUACUGCCAUAUGGUGGCCAUUCCCCCUCACCACACAUUCUGGUAUCAGGCCAGACCAUGCUUCUCCAGCUUUGGAACUAAGCCAGUGUAAGGCACCUCUAGAAGGAAGGUUGAGUGGGUCACUACCCUACUCUGCUCUGGGACUGGACAAUAGUACCAAAUGACCAAGCAAGCUCACUUCUAUAGGGCCUCCUUCAGGAGACUAACACAAACAUUGGGGAGCUAGCUAUAGGGAGAGUGAUAAUGAAGUCAGGUUGUUCCAGGUGGCCAUGCAGUCUGCAUGUUAGUCACUAAGCAGAGGGUCUGCACACCAUCCCCCAAGGGCAUACCACAAACCAGCCAUGUUUCAACCCCAGCUUAGCAGGACACAACAAAGCCUAGUGCAUCCUUGGGUACCAUCAUCAGUAGCCCAUCACCUGCAGGGCCUUUUUGGCUCCCUCCUUGGUGUCAGCUAAUCUCUUUUAGGAGCAGAAAAUAGAGGCAGGAAUUAAAGUCCCUUGGGUGAUGGAAGAAUGCCCCAACAAAGUGGUAGGUAUGAGGCAGUCAGAAGUCAGGAAAUGGGCUCCAGCAAAUGCUCCAGCAAUCACCGUCCAGUCCCUCAAAGAGCUAUCUGCUGCUUCCUACCUCAGUGACUGCCGUUCUUUUUACUGCUGCUGCUGCUACUACUACUACUACUACUACUACUUGUUUGGAAAUAAUUUUAGACUUACAGAAAGUUGCAAAAAUAGUAGUUCCCACAUAUCCUUCACCUCUUGUGUCUUAGUAUUAACAUCUUACAAAGUUAUAGUAUAAUUAUUAAAAGCAGGAAAUUAACAUUGACACAGUACUAACUAAUCUGUAGAUAUUCAGAUUUUGCCAUUUUUCCCACUGAUGUCCUUUUUCUGGUCCAGGGUCCAAUCCAGGAUUCCAUGUUACAUUUCUUUUUUUUUUUUUUUUCCAUGUUACAUUUCGUUGAAUGUUUCCUUUGUCUCCUUCAGCCUGUGACAGUUCCACCAUCUCUCUUUGCCCUUCAUGACCUUAACACUUUUGAAGUGUCCAGACCGUUAUUUUGUAGAUUGUUCCUCAGUUUGAGUUCGUCUCCUGUUUUCACGUGAUUAGAUUGAGUCUGCAGUUUUGGCAAAACUUCCUCCAGAAGUGAUGAUGUGCCCUUUUAGUGCCUUCUAGCAAGGGGUGAUGUUAACUUUGAUCACAUGACUGAGGUGGUGUGUGUCAGGUUUCUCCACUAUAAAAUUACUAAUUUCCUCUGAAAUUAAUAGGAAUCUGGUGGGAAGAUACUUUUAAGCUAUGCAAAUGUCUUAUUUAUCCUUAAACUUUUGCUACCAAUUUUAGCAUCUACCGAUGGUUUUUGCUUAUGAGUAUUAAUGCUGUGUUGGCCUAAUGAUGACUUUGUAUUUACUUAUUUCAUCUGUAUUUAUUAAUUGGUAUUCUGUUUUAGAAAGAACUAUCUCUUUUUCUCCCAUAUAUUUAUUCUUUAAUUUAUUUAUAUCAGUAUAAACUGAUGGAUUUUCUUUUUUAUCCUGUGGGCUCUAAUCUAAUACUAGUUUAUCUGUUGCUCAUACUGGCCCAGAUCUGGCCAUUGGGAACUCUUCAGGUUGACUUCUGUAUUGUUUCAGCACUGCCCUCAUCAUUUUUUUAGCCCUUCCUUACUCUCUAGCACCACACAAUGUUCCAAGCUCAUUUAUAUUUUUCCUGUUCCAGCCCUGGCAUCAGCUAAUUUCCCAGGUAGUUCCUGGUUCCUUGCACUCGAGAAUGGGCACUAGGUGUAUUAAUUGCUACUAAAGUGUCAUUACUUCUAGGCUCUUUCAGCACACAGAUCUAGGAAAUAGGUGUAUUCCUGUUAACACACACUGUUGGAUUUAUCAUUGUAUCUAUAUGUAUAUUAUUAAAAAUCAUGAGUUUACAUUGAAACCUA